GCCAGAUGGGAUUUUCAACAAUCCUCAAAGAAGGAAUGGGCACACCAUGUUCGGAUGUCUUCACGUUGUCCUAUGCGCGACGCUUGAGGUAGUCUUGCCUAAAGUCUGGGCAUCGAGACGGUCCACUGUGUCCGAUUUCUUUUGCCCCGACCUUCCUGUCUGCUGCCGCCCGCGUGAUGGAGCGAUGUGAUACAGAUGUGCGAGGAUGUACACGUCGGGAUGGGGUGAUGAGUUGGUCUUCUCAUUUUGCAUUCUCGUGCAACGCGAUGCUAUGGGUCAGCAGUGGCUGACCAACUUCGCCUCUUUCCUCCUCGACUCUUAUACCUUCGAUCUGAUCAUCAUCAUCACCAUCAUUGUCAUCGUGGUCACCGUCUUCGCCACACUAACGUAUACCUCAUCAUCUUCGUCGCCCUUUCAUAUCUUCUCUCGCCAUUACCGUUUGCCUCAUCCUCCUCCUCCUCCGACUCUUCGCCUUCUCUCUCUCACUUCCUUAUCGAUGUGGUUCUCUUCGACUGCCUUCGCCUCGUUCCACUCUUGCACCUCUUUCAUCCUUGCACCUCUUCCGUCUUUCCUACGCUCGCCCCAUCCACGCUCGACCUCCACCACCAUCAACUUUCCUCUCCUUCCCUUCUUCUCGCCCCUCUCUCUUCCUUUCCCUCGCUUUCUCUUUUCCGCAUCUUAUUCCUUCCUCUUCCUCUUCUCUAUACCUCUGUGCCUUGUGCACCUUUUCUCUUUCGUUUCGACGCACAAGUCCAUCUCCUCUUCUCCCCAAGCGCGGCAGGGCGACAUAGCUGCUGGGGCAACAUUAGCGAAUCUGGAUCGACAAGCAUCAAGGAUUCAACCACUAAAUCGGGUCCCGUCGAUCAUUGGCGCCCGACGAAAGCAAGAGCGCGUGCGGCGCGGUCCUAGGCCGCGGCUUUGACGACUUCUCAAGCACCGCAGUCUCUCGGCAAGAGACAGCCUGGACAUUACAAGACCACCUUGUGCCUUUUCGCAAAGGGCGCAGAGCGAUUUGGCACCGUGAUCGAGGAUGACUUCUCCCGCAAGACGUUGGCCCCGACGCAGCAGCGUCAAGGAUGCGAAUUCUACGGCGAUUGCGUCGAGGAAGAGUCACCGUUUGU